GCCCGACAGGACUGGUCAAGGGAGAAAGAGGGCUCUGUUUUAACCAGAAGGCUAAGUGCUAAAUGAACUUGCCUCAGGGGAUGGCAGUGAGACUAUUCCUGAUGUGACAGCUCAGGUGUUAAUGAAAAAAUGCACACAAUCCUGACAGAUGGGACUGGUUCAUGAAGGAGGGGACGGCCAGCUCAGUGUUUCAGAGACCACAGGACCAGCUUCCCAUCCAGAGCAAAGCCUGGCUUCCAGCCUCAUCACUCAGCGGAAAAGGUUACCACGGAUUUCUCAGUUGCUGGAUCUGCUGACCUUUCCUCGGCCCUCAUCCUUCCUGACCUUUCUGUAAUAUUGGAUGCUGUUGACCACCUGCUCCCCCUCCCUGGGUCUUUGGGACACUGCCCUCUCCUGGUUUCUUUACACCCUCAGCAUCUUAUUCUCAAGAAGGCCUGAUCACAGUGCCCUGCACAUAGCCUUUUACGAGCAUGGUUGUCUCAGCUUCCAGGAAUCUCCAAAACCUCUAGACUAUGAGCUCAGAGCUGGUCCUUGGCAGGUGGAGCUGAACUUGCCACUGGCAGAGAAUGCCCGUGUCCAGGAACCCAGGAAAUACAUCUCGCUAGUCCUUCAGGCAUGUGGCCUCCGACUUCUCCCAGCCCAGAGGAACCAGAGGCAGGGACCAAGUCGUGACCCAUGGGCAAGAGUGUGAAGUUCUUGACCAAGACCACCAGUUCCCAAAACCAACCCAAAGGGAAGGGACCCAAAGGGACCGGCCCUCACCAUUCAGUGUUAUUUUGCUCAUCAGCCAUACUCAUGACAUGAGCUGGACUGUCCUGGCGUUUGCCAAGCUCACCAACAAGCAACAGCUCAGACAUGUUGUGGGCUGUCUCCUGACUCUGAGGAUGCUGCUGUCACCAGAAAACAAGAUGGCCAGAUUCAAACCGUUGACAAUACUCACGGGGAAACUCAUAGUUCUGGGCUAUUACCGGGCAUUGAAAUAGCUUCACCAGUGCACUUUUGUUUUGACUCUCCAAGCAUUUUUUAGUCCAAUAGCAGCCAGCAACACUUCAGUAAAAGAUCCUCUGGAACCAUCUCUGGCUUCCCACUUCUCCAAUGUAAGCAGAGCCUGGGCAUGUGGGCCAUCUGUAAAUGAAGCCUGGUCCACCCUUCCCCAAGUAGCAUCAUCCCCAACCUCUGAUAAGGCCAUGGAUCCUGAGCAAAGUGUCAAGGGUGCACAGACAUCGGAGGGCAGUCCCAGAAAGCGGCUUCCCAAAGGUGAAGCCGUGCAAGUCAGUGGCCCCUCCGCUGCUCCAACCCCGGCUCCAGCCCCUGCUCCUGCUCCAGCCCCUGCUCCAGUUCCAUUCCAGGGCAGCUCGACUUCCUCCCCGGCCACACCCCUCCAUGAGCUCCUAUCCCAGCCGCAGCACUAUCCGGGGCCUCCACUGGUUCUGAGGGAGGGGUCUCAGGAGAAAACAGGACACCAGAAGCCCCCGAAGAGAUCUACUGUUGAAGGCCCGCCCCACAUCCCCCAGCUCCCUCAACACCCUCUGUCACCAGCAUUUAUGUCGCCCAGCAAGCCCGAGCAUCUCCUGGAAGGGCCCACGUGGCAGCUAGUCGAGCCAAUAAGGCCAGGCCCCUCGGGGUCUUUUGUCUCUCCGGGGCUGCAUUCCCAGAGCCAGCUCCUCCCCGCCCACCCGACCAUCAUCCCUCCAGAGGAACUGCAGUCCAUCCCUAAAGUCUACAUCCCGCGUGCCUCCCACAUCUCUAUGAAGCAGGCCGAGGAACCGCCCAAGAAGGAGAAGAAGCCUCAGAAACCCGGCAAGUACAUCUGCCAGUACUGCAGCCGGCCCUGUGCUAAGCCCAGCGUGCUCCAAAAGCACAUCCGCUCUCACACCGGUGAGCGGGCGCCCUACCACUGCUCCCCGUGUGGCUUCUCCUUCAAAACCAAAAGCAAUCUGUACAAACACAGGAAGUCCCACGCACACCGGAUCAAAGCCGGGCUGGCUUCGGGCAUCGGGGCUGAGAUGUACCCUCCGGGUCUGGAGAUGGAAAGGAUCGGGGGUGAGGAAUUUGAGGAGCCCACCGAAGGAGAGAGCACCGACUCGGAGGAGGAGACGGUGGCCGGGUCCAGCCACCCCGCCGACCUGUCUCCCAGACAAAAGCACACCCUCCUUGGCAGCAGCCUCUACGGCGUGGGCGGCCACGGUCCUGGCCACGACCGCUGCUCCUCGUCCCAUUCCGGCACCUCCCAGUCUCUCGAGGAGAGCCCCCAGUUCGCGGAGCCUCUGUCGUCCUCAUCGGAGCAUUCUGUGAGCCAUAAGGCGGAGGACACACACACCAUCAAGCAGAAGCUCGCCCUGAGGCUCAGUGAAAGGAAGAAAGUGAUGGACGAACAGGCCUUCCUCAGCCCUGGGAGCAAGGCAAGCACGGAGUCCGGCUACUUCCCGGUCCGAGAGCGCAGAGCACAGAUCAGCCCUCCCAAUACCAACGCCAAGUCCUACGCCGAGAUCAUCUUCGGCAAGUGUGGGCGAAUCGGGCAGCGCACCGCGAUGCUGACGGCCGCAGCCACCCAGCCGCUCCUGCCCCUGUCUGCCGAGGACAAGCCCAGCCUGGGCCCCAUCUCCGUUCCUCGGACGCAGGUCAUCGAGCACAUCACGAAGCUAAUCACAAUUAACGAAGCGGUCGUGGACACCAGUGAAAUCGACAGCGUGAAGCCCAGGAGGAGCUCUCUGUCCCGGAGGAGCAGCAUCGAGUCCCCCAAGUCCGGGAUCUUCCGGGACCCGUUUCAGCUGGACCCAUCCAAAACGCUGCUCUCCCACGGGGAGAAAGGCAAGCCGGAACAAUCACUGCUCUCCCUACAGCCUCUGCCCCCCAGCUCCACCGAGCCCGCGCCCCUCUUGCGGAGCCACUCCAUGCCUUCUGCCACCUGCACCAUCAGCUCCCCGCACACCUUCAGAGGUAGCUACUCCUUCGACGACCACAUCAGCGAGUCGGACACCCUAAGCCGCAGCCAAGUCUUUACGUCCCACCCCCGCACGUUGAAACGCCAGCCCGCCUUUGAGCUCCCUUUGGGAGGGGACUAUAGCUCCGAGGACAUUGGGCUAGGCCCGAAGGACCCGGCCUCUAAACCCGCCGAAGAAAAAGAAGCAAAGGAAAGCGAACUCACCAAAAAGUCCCGGAAAGGCUCCAGAAGCAAAGGGAUGACCUUCGAGUGUAACAUAUGUGGGGCUCGCUACAAGAAGCGGGAUAACUACGAGGCCCAUAAAAAGUACUACUGCUCAGAACUUCCAGCUCGCCAAGCCUGCUUCCCCGGGCCCACCCAUCGCAGAAUUGAAAAGAGCCAGGGGGAGCCCGAGUCUUGGUCUCAGAUGAUGCACUAUAAGGUGGGGACCAGUUUAGAACUCACUGCCACUGAGGAAAAAGGGCGGAAAGAAAAGAGCGUGGGGGAUGAUGAAGACCCACCCUCCUAUGAGUCAGGCCAAAGGUCACUCCUCUGUGGGGCCAGGAGCCAGUUUGCCAACCCAGCCCCCUCAGAAGCUGCUUUGAGCCUCCCCCGAGCCCACCAAGCCACCAGCAGAGCCACUCCAUCGUGCCACCCCUGGGAGGGGACCAUGGCCGUCCACCCAAGGACUCCCAAAGCAGCAGCAAGUUCCGAGUCGGGAAGGAGAGAAGGAAAAAUCUCCACGGAAAUUUCGGUCAUUCAGCACACCAGCUCCUUUGAAAAACCUGACCCUCCGGAGCAGUCGAGUCACCAGGAAGGAGAGGACAAGGCUUUGCCCCAGUUCCCAUCGCAGCCAGCCCGUUGCUCCACACGGACGCUCUUCCCCACUCCCUGCAGCCGAGGUUAGGUCCGCCAACCCAACAUCCAGGUUCCCGAGAUCUUGGUGACCGAGGAACCCGACAGGCCGGACACAGAACCUGAGCCUCCGCCGAAAGAACCCGAAAAGUCCGAGGAAUUUCAGUGGCCUCAGCGGAGCCAAACGCUGGCCCAGCUCCCCGCCGAGAAGCUGCCCCCCAAGAAGAAGCUGCGCCUGGCCGAGAUGGCCCAGUCCUCAGGGGAGUCCAGUUUGGAGUCGGUCUCCCUGACCCGAAGCCCGAGCCUGGAAAGCAGCGUAUCGCAUGGGUCGAGCCGCUCGGCGUCCUUCGAAAGGGAAGACCGCGGCAAGACAGAGGCCCCCGGGCCUUCUUGCUGAAAGCCACUCCAAGCCUUUUGGCGCCCACAUUGCUGACAGUUUCCGAGCUACCCUCACCACUCCAGAGAAAUGCGAAGGUCGGCCUCCGAGCAGUCGCCUAACGUGCCGCAGUCCCCCAGAUAUUCCGAGGCACGCAGCAAGUCCUUCGACUAUGGGAGUCUGGUCCCCUGGGGCCCAGCCUCCCACCCCAGGCAUCCCACCUCGUCGGCCCCGCCCGAAAGAAGGAAAUCUUUUCUGGUGAGACAGGCUUCUCUGAGCCGGCAUCCAGAACAUGAGCCAGAGGUGCCCCCAAGGGGAGACUGAAAGUGAGAGCCGCUCCCUUCAUCCAGCAAAUCUGCCACCAAAAGUUUGCUUCAUCAGCCCUCCUCUUCCUCCACGUGCUCGGCUUCUACCACCACCUCGUCCUCUUCUUCCUCCUCUUCCCACGGUGGGUACCUCAGUGCUAAGAGCCAGCAGGACAGUCCCCAGCUGGUGUCCAGCCCGCCUUACACAGAAGCCCUCCAAGUAUUCCCCCCGCCCAUUCCCCAGCACUCCCUGCAUGAAAAACCAUACCUGCCCCCUCCGGUGUCCCUUUUCUCUUUUCAACACUUCCUGCCGCCACCAGGACAGUCUUCAGAGUUGUUCUCCACUCCGGCUAUGCCAGAAAUCUUCUCUGCCCCGUACUCCAUGCCCCCACUGCCCCCCUCCCUAUUUCAGACUCCGCCAGUUCCCCUCCAACCAGCUGUUCUUUCACACCAGGGGCCAGCUUCACAGGCUCACCAGCUCAUACCUCAUCCCCGAUCUCCCCUUCCGCCAGCACCCGCCGUUCUCCCCGUGCCCUAUCCCAGCUCCUCUUCGGUUCUCUUCGGCUUCUUUCUGCCUCUGCAGUCUCAGUUUGCCCUUCACCUGCCUGGGGAGGUCGGCAGCCACCUGGACCCGGUGAAAUCCAGCCUUUCCCCUCUCACAGGGGCCCUCCCCGGCCUCUCCCCCAGCACAGAAUAUGCAACCGACGUCCGGUUGCAGCCAGUGACACGUGCUGCCAGCCCUCCAGUCUCGACGUCAGCCCCACAGCUGACCAUUCCUUCCUGCCCAGAUCCCCCGGUGUCUCUGGUUGUGCCUGUCCGGAUCCAGACCAACAUGCCCUCCUACGGCAGUGUGAUGUAUACAACGCUUUCUCAGAUCUUGGUCACUCAGUCCCAGUGCAACCCAUCCUCCCUCAUGCUCCCCAAAUUUGAGGACUACCAGGCCAAAGGGACAUUGGUCUGUGGUGUAGCAGCUCCCGCAGCGGAGCUCCCCCUGACCCAGAUCAGCGAGGAGCAGAGAAGGGGGUACCUGAGGGUGCCUCUGCCCUUACUAGAGAGGAAAGGGCCUCUCCUGUCCUCAGAAAGCAUCUUGGGCUUGGAGGGAACGUCCACUGCAGAGGCAGCAAACGGGGUGCUCUCCCCUGCAGGCAGCCUGGAACUCACCACGGAGACCCAGCAACAGAAGAGGGUGAAGGAGGAGGAAGGCUCCAGAGCCGAGGAGAAGUUGGAGCUGCUCAGACCAGCCAGCAGCAUCCUUGCCACUGCCGAAGCCGGCAAGAGGCAAGAGAGGGGCCCGUUUGGGGGACCCAGCCAAGGCCGAGAGGAGGAAGAGAUGCUCCCUAGCUCAUCACUGGCUCAGCCCUUUCCUAAGGAAAGCCCUCCCGCUCAGUACUCUGGGCUGCCUCAUUCAGGGGCUCCGGAAGCAUCCAAACAGCCCCCUGGGAAGCCCUCCCGGCGGCAGUCACCACUGCAGGGAGUGAAGAAGGAAGACUCCAAGGACCUGCCUGACCAUCCGCCGAAGACUCCUCCCACCUCUUCCUCCGCUUCUCCCAGGACAGCAAAAUCCCGGGAAGGUACAGACGCCAAGAAGGUACUACAGUUUCCCAGCCUCCAUACGACCACUAAUGUCAGUUGGUGCUAUUUAAACUACAUUAAGCCAAAUCCCGUCCAGCAGGCGGACAGGAGGUCCUCUGUUUAUGCUGGUUGGUGUAUAAGUCUGUACAACCCCAACCUGCCUGGGGUGUCCACUAAAGCAGCUCUGUCCCUCCUGAGGUCCAAGCAGAAGGUCAGCAAAGAGACCUACACCAUGGCCACGGCUCCACAUCCUGAAACAGGAAGGCUUGUCCCGUCCAGCUCCCGAAAGCCCCGAAUGACAGAGGCUCAUCUCCCUUCGAUGGUCUCCAGUGAGGGUCGGAAAGACCCAGCUCGAACCGAGAAGGAAGAAGACAAGAGAGGGAAGCCUGAGGAGGAUGCCCCUGUCUCCAAAAGAGGGGAGCCAGCGAGGAUCAGAAUCUUCGAAGGAGGGUACAAAUCAAAUGAAGAAUAUGUGUAUGUGAGAGGCCGCGGACGAGGGAAAUAUGUUUGUGAGGAAUGUGGAAUUCGCUGCAGGAAACCAAGCAUGCUGAAGAAACACAUUCGCACGCACACUGACGUCAGGCCCUAUGUCUGCAAGCAUUGUCACUUUGCUUUUAAAACCAAAGGGAAUCUGACUAAGCACAUGAAGUCCAAGGCUCACAGCAAAAAGUGUCAGGAGAUGGGGCUGCUGGUGGAGCUGGAAGCCGAGGAAGGAGCCAGUGACGACCCCUUCCAGGAUUCCGAGGGGCGGGAGGGCUCUGAGCCAGUGGAAGAACACCAAUUUUCUGAUCUGGAGGAAUCCGACGAGGACGAUGAAGAUGAGGAGGAGGAGGAGGAAGAGGAGGAGAGCCAGGACGAGCCCGCUCCGAAGCCCUCAGAAGGGCCACCACCUGCCGGACACUCCAAGGCUAGCUCUCCACCAGCUCAGGACAAAAGCCCCCGAGUAGUCCCGUCUUUGCCCCAGGACUUUACCUCCCGUGACCAGCCCACAGCAAGCUCGAGAUCGGAGGCGAGAUGGCCGGCGGACUGGAGCCAAGCUGCCACCUGCCGGAGCCACUCAUGUCUCCACCAGCCAGCUCGGACGUCCCGGGAGCCCUUGGCUCCUGGUGAACAGGAACUGGCCCCAAACCAGCAGGGGGGGAUCUUAGCCAUGGGCCCGUUGUUGAGCUCCCAGGCCCCAUCCCCAAGAAGGUCAUGGUCCCCUGGCAAGGAGCCCUGCAGCAGCAGACCCAUGAUCCCCCGAAAACACUCACUAACCAAAAACGGAAGUCCUCCCCAGUGCUUUGCACCCGCUGGAGAAAUGCCAUCCUUCCGGUGCAGCCCUCCUAGGAGAGGGGGUUCACCCGGGCCCUGGAUGGCAUCUCCUCUCCGGUGCACGUCACCCUCAACUCACUUGUCCCCAAGAAGAGAACUAUCCCCCCGAGCCUAUCUCCCACCAGAGGGCGGGGUCUCUCCAGACAGGAACUUGUCUCCUAGCCAGGAGAUGAUGCCCCUAAGACACUCAUCCCCCAAGCCAAUGUCUCCAGGACUUUCUGAGUCCCCCCCACAAUACCCACUGCCAGGGAAAGAUGACUUAGUGUUCAGAAGUGGCGCAGCAGUGGACGAGCAAACCCUGGGCAGCGUUACAGUCGCUCAGCGUGGUCUCUUCUCUCAAAAGCCUCUACCUCAUGAGCACCUUGGCAAAAACGUGGAGACCUCUGAAUCCAGGACGAAGUUGGAGCCCAGAAGCCCAGCCUGCUCACCUGGUCCUGCUCACCCGUUUCCCUCCAGACCCUUCUCUUCACUUCAUGAAUUCCACGGCCACAUCCCAGGCCGGACAGGAGAGAACCUCUUUAGCCAUCUCCCUCUGCAUUCUCAGCGGUUAGCCAGGACCCCAUGCCCCAUGAUCCCCAUCGGGGGGAUCCAAAUGGUCCAGGCCAGGCCCAGCACCCAUCCCACACUGAUGCCUGGGGCUGGGCUGCCGUGGUCCACCUGCUUCUUUGGUGGGGGCAGCGACCUGACCGACUCCCGGCAGGCUCAGGAGAGAAGCCGAGAAGGCCUACCAGAGACCUCCUCAGCAUCUGUGUCUCCAGUGGCCAAGGUCUCCAAGUUCACUCUGUCCUCAGAGCUGGAGAGUAGCAGCUAUUCCGUAGAGAGAACGAGGACUAGUGAGGGUCAGGUUGUGUCGGACUGGGAGACGCCCAGGAUCGGAGGAAUGUCCUCGGAGACCAAGGCUCCCGCCCCCACGGACAGCCCCAGCCCGAGCUCUGAGCAGUCUCCCAGGCCAUCCCCCGGCAGGACAGGGCAGGCAAAGAGGCCUAGCCCUAAAGCAGCCCACAACAGCCCCUGCAGUGACUCUGAGACACCACGCACUUUCCCCUGGGUGAUUCCUUCCCAGACGUUGGACCGAAGCAGCUCCACGGGCUGUCUCAUGGAGCCCACCCGGUGCCUAGCGACCCGCAGGAGGAACCUGUCGGGAGAGCUCAGGCCCUCGGCCAGCCCUUGUCGUCAGCUGGGCUCCCCGCCCUUGGAGAGCGAGGGGCCUGGACAAGCUUCCAGGAGGCCGGAGGACAAAGACGAAGGAAGCUCCUAGGUCUUCCCCUCACCCCCAUCUGCAUCAGCGUUAGGCUUCCAGUAUAAAAGAACAGACAUUCCCAACACUCUUUCCUGCAGUAUCGUCAUCACACGCAGACGCACUCUCACUUAACGACCAAACUCACAGAAACGUCCCUUGUGGAGUCGUCCCCAUCUGGUAUUAUCUUCCCAUGUAUGCAGUUACUUGUGCCUUUUCUGAGACCUUUUUUUGCUUGAAAUGUUUAAAAGGAAAAACAAAUGAGGUGUUUAAGGCUGUGAAUAUUUUUGUAGAGUUUUUCGAAGGGGGUUGGUUGAGUGGUGUCCUCUAGCGUCACAGUGAGCUGGGUGUCCCCUGGUCCCUGCCAGGGCCAGGGAAAGGCAGCUGUUUACUGCGGGAGGUUAUGCACUGAAAAAAAAAAAAACGAACCCAAGAAACCUUUUUUUUUUAUACUGAUUAAAUGAAAAAAAAAUGUUCCUCUGUAUAGAUGUUUAUGGUUCCUAUUUAAUCAUCCACCAAGUGCUUGUCUGCUUGUCUCUUUUUUGGGUGGCCUUCCCCCCUCCCCCAGCCCCUCAUACCCUCAGACAGUUUGGAAAUGCCUUCCACCUAACAACUCCUCCCCCUGCCCCCAGUUGGGAGUAGACUGAAGAGGGAAGUCUGAUAACUACCAGACAGACUGAGGAUGGCCCUCCCCAAACUCAGCUCUACCCUGAUGCCUUCCCAUCAGUCAGAGAAAGCAUCUGUCUAUCUUUAUUAUUUUAAGAAGGGAAAGAAGUUUCAUCUUUGAGUAUUUACAUUCAAGAUAUAGGAAGCGAUUAGACAGAGGUGCCCAUAUCUGAAUGGUAUUUCUUCGGGCCGUGAAAUUCUCAUUCCGGCUUUCAUAACGCUGGUGACACUGGCCAAGGGGGUGCAGAACUGCCCCUCCCCACCGUGUACUGAGUAUCAAAGUCUAGGUUCUGAAUGUUUGUCUCCCUCUCCCUCCUCUCCAGAAAGCUGAGCUGCUCUUUUGAUGUUAAAAGCUCACGUUUGCUGCCCAUUUCAGAGAGAACAGAGAAUCACUGACCAAAUCCUACCCCGGGCCUUUCAGAGAAAGGCCUUGGAAAGAUCCUUGGGGAUCAGAGCUAUUGGCCCCAUACCUCAUAAAACUCUGGCCUUAAAUCUCCCCGGGGUCUAGGCAGCCGUGGGAUCGUGAUUGGUCCAUAGAGCUCGAAGGGACCUUCAAGAUCACGCGUAUUCCAACUUUUCAUAGUAUGGAUGAUUCUCUUUCAUGGAUGAGCCAUUGGAAGCGCUUAGUCUCAUGGAUACAGGGUCUUAGGAUUUAGGGCUGAAGAGAUCUUAGAGGUCAUUUCUACCCAGGAGGCAACCGAGGUCCAGAGAAUCGAGUCACCUGAGCAGUUUGCUGCAGUAGGGCAAGCACCAUUUUUGGAGCCAGAGGAUCUGGAUGUGAGUCUCAGCUCUGGCGCUUAGCCUCACUGCUCCUCAAUGGGCCUCCAUUUCUUCCUCUGCAGAAUGAGGGAGAGGGAUAGAUCUUCUUUAAGGUCCUUUCCAGUUUUAAAUAUUCUGAAGCCCCAUUGAGGUGGCCAGCCAGGGUGGGUCAGGAUGCCCUUUGUCACCUGUCCAAUUGACCUUGAUUCUUGGUGCCAGAUAUUCUGCUCCUGACCAGAAAUCAGGAGAGCCAACGCCAUCUGGACUUUCUCAGGCAUUGGCUCACAGCUUAAAAGGUAGGUGUUCAUAUGCUCUGCCCUGCUAUAUAGUCGGCAGAUUCCAAGAACUUUUCUCCUAUUGGCAUGUCCUAUCCAAGGAUCCAGGAAGAUGCCAAGGGAAGGAAUAUGUAGGCUGGGAGACCAGUGUGCCAAAGCUACACGAUCUCCCCCCUGCUCCUCCCCCCCCACACACCCUUGGGGCAAAGGCCUCAUGGCCUCAUCAAGGGUAGGACAGAAGAGCAGGGAUAGGGAUAGAUCCUCAGAUCCUCAGAUGUGGAGCUGAAAAAGAGCCCCUUGACCAGACCUGUAAUUUUACAGCCAAUAUCUCCAACAAGUCCCCAUCUGAUCUUGACUUGCACAUCUCCAGGGAAGGGAAGCUCACUACCUCCUGAGGCAGCCUAGUGCUAAUUUGGAACAGAAGGAAAUCGGGAAGUUUCCCCUAACUGAACGCUGCCUCUAUUCAGCUCUUCCUCCAUUGCCCCUGGCUUCUCCCUCUGGGGUCAGAGUCCAUCUGAUGCCUCUUUCCUAUAGCACUGAUCAUGAGAGCCCUCUCUUCUCUAGGCUCAGCAUAUCUUCUUAUAGCUUGGUAUUCUCUCCUCUGUCCUUCUGGUUGACCUCCCUCACACCUGCUCUGGUUUCCCCAAAUGUGGCCCUGUGGCAUUUUCAUACCUUCUGAGAUCAAUUGGGAAUAAGCAAUACCUAGAAAGGAUUUCUAUCUGGUUCGUUUUCUUGGGCGGGUCGCUUUGAAAUGCUCACUCCCUUCCAUUGAUUCUGCCGCCCAACCGGGCCCGAUUCACCUGGGUCUCCCUCUCCCCUCCCUUUUCCUCAUUCUUUUUUUGCCCCUGAGCUUCCUGCUCUAUUUUUUGAUCACCAAGGGGCAUUGGGAAGGGGGAAGGCUGCAGAAACCAACUUGGUUCCAAGGCCAUGUACCCCAUCUGUUUAUCAUUAGGAGCAAUCCUAUGGCACGGGUGAUCACCUUAGGGAACAAAGGCCCCCGUAGGUGAUCUCAUGCCGGCUCAUGCCAUGCUUCAUCUUGUGCAAAAUCGUGCAGGUAUUUCUGUAAGUGGGCAUGUCUGUGUUCUUACAAAUGGCAAUAGUAAUCAUUCCAAAAGAAGCUCUGUAGAUAUAUAGCUAUAUAUGUACAGAGGGGCUUGGGGAGGGGGGGGACUUGCCUGUAAUUUUAUUGAAACUCUGCUUUCCACAGUUGCAUCUUGCAAAGUCUGUAUGGUUAUAUAUCGGUGCAAAAACCCCACAACAACAAGCCCACCCAGGUUUAAAGCACAGCCUCUUUAUGUACAAAUGAGGAAAACGAUAUUUCGUGUGUGAUGUUCCCGACUCUUCUUGUAAAUGACGUCUGGACUGUGAAUGAGAAGUUUUUACAAGUAUAAUAAUUUAUUAUAGCUCAGGCUGUCUGUUCAGUCUGGGCCUAUUUUUUUUUUAA